AAUUCAAUGUAUCCUCUAUUCCUCUUCAAUCAAUCUCACAGUCUCACUCCCACAAGUAAACAACCAAAUCCCAAAACAGAAAAUGGGAAAAGAAUACGAAGAAGAAGAUCAAAUAGCAUCAAUGAGAGAAGCAUUCUCUCUAUUCGACACAGAUGGAGACGGUAAAAUCGCACCAUCAGAUCUAGGCAUUGUGAUGCGUUCUCUGGGUUCGAACCCGACUCAAUCGCAUCUCCGACACAUUUUGGAGAGAGAAAAUCUUAAUUCACCCUUCGAUUUCCACCGUUUUCUCGAAUUAAUGUCUAAGUACAUGAAAUCAGACGACCAACCUUUCGAAUCGGAGCUCCGAGAUGCGUUUCGGGUACUUGAUAAGGAUUCUUCGGGUUUUGUUUCGGUUUCGGAUCUUCGACAUAUAUUGACCAAUAUUGGUGAGAAAUUGGAUGGGGAUGAAUUCGAUGAAUGGAUUAAAGAAGUUGAUGUUGGUUCUGAUGGAAGGUUUCAGUACGAGGAUUUUAUUUCCAACCUCCUUGUCAAGUGAAACUCAUCAUGUUUCUAGUGAUACUAUUCUCGUCUGUCGUAUUUUACGAAAUUCUAUGUUGUCUCCGACUUUUUGAAAUGUUAAACAAGAUUGUAUGUUAUUCAAUUUAAAGUUUAGGUUGGGUAACGUAUUGAUAUUUCUUUCUAUUGCCACCACUUGUUGUAAUAUUAAUAUGGUUUGGUUUCAAUACUCAAAUAAAGCAGGUGAUAGUCUAAUGGUAUUGGCAUCACCUCCUAUUCUAGAUA